UCUAGGGUUUUAGCCAUCUGUAUUCUGUUCUGUGAGAACUGAGAUACCAGGGGGAAAAUGGUGUUGUCAAACAAGAAGCUGAAACAGAAGCUCAGAGCAGAACUGUUGGCGAAAAGGGUAUCCGAAGCCGAACCAAAUGAGGAAAAUCCAGAUUCAAAUUCUGUGCCCCAGUCCCUGAAAUCGCUCCUGGACUCAGUAACUCAGAAACCCAGAUUGUCAAAGCGAGAACGAAAAAGAAAAAGCGUGUCUUUCCCAACAGGGUCGAACCAGGAAACUGAAGAAAAUGGAAGGGAGGUUGAAGAAGAUGAUGAAAAGGAAUCGGUGAGGGUGAAAAUAGAAGACAAAGAAGAGAGAGAGGAGAAGGUGAAGGAGGGUAAAACGACGUCGGAGAAUAAGGAAAGUGAUAAAAACAAUAAGAAGAAGAAGACUAAGAAUAAGAAAGAAGAAAAGGAAGCAGAAGGAUACGAGCGAACAGCAUGGGGUUCUGCAGGUGGGAGGAUGUUGCCACAAAAGUAUGUUGGAGGGAUUCCAUAUCGCUAUACUGAGGAUGAUAUUCGAUAUUAUUUUGAAAGUUGUGGCACCAUAACUGACAUUGAUUGUAUGAAGUUUCCUGACACUGGGAAGUUCAGAGGAAUUGCAAUUGUUUGUUUCGAGACAGAAGCGGCAGCAAAAGAAGCCUUGGCUCUUGAUAGAGCUGAAAUGGGUGGAAUGCAGCUGACAAUUCAGCCCUACAAAUCCACUCGAGCCAAUAAAGCGACUGGCUUUGCCCCGAAGAUGAUGGAGGGAUACAACAGAAUAUAUGUUGGAAAUCUAUCUUGGGAUAUAACCGAGGAUGAUUUGAAGAAGUUUUUCUCUGAUUGCAAUGUAUCAUCUAUACGCUUUGGCAUAAACAAGGAAACAGGGGAAUUCCGAGGCUAUGCUCAUGUGGAUUUCUCUGAUAGUGUAUCAGUAGCCAUGGCACUGAAGUUGGACCAAGAAAUUGUCUGUGGUAGACCUGUGAAGAGAAGUGUGCUGUUCCUAAGAAAGCAGUGCAAACUCAACAGGAUCUCAUCAAACAAUUCAAGUAAAGAAGUACCUAUGAGUGUCAAAGCACCCAUGGUUGUGAGUGUCGAAGUGCCUCAAGUUAGUGAAAUUGAUAACGGAGGUUUGAGCGUUAGCAGUGGUAAGCUGAGGAGAAGGACGUGCUACCAGUGCGGACAAAAGGGUCAUAUUUCUUCUGCUUGCCCUAAAGGACCUGCGAGUGCCGAAGCGCCUAUUGGUCACGAAGCACGUACUGGUAAUGAAGCACCUCUGAGCGUCGAAGCACCUACAGUUAAUGAAGUUGAUAAUGUUGGCUUGAGCGUUAGCAGUGGUAAGUUGAGGAGAAGGACGUGCUAUGUGUGCGGACAAAAGGGCCAUAUUUCUUCUGCUUGCCCAAAAGGACCUACAAGUACUGAAGCACCUACUAGUAAUGAAGCACCUCUGAAUGUUGAAGCACCACUAGAUAAUGAACCACCUCCAGUUAAUGAAGUUGAGAACGGGAUUUCGAGCGUUAGUAGUGGUAAGUUGAGGAGAAGGACGUGCUACGAGUGCGGACAAAAGGGUCAUAUUUCUUCUGCCUGCCCAAAUAAGAAAUCUGCAGAAACAACAAUGCAAACACAAAUUGACCCCCAAUGGAAGAUUUUUCACCUAUCACCUCAAUUGCUGCAACUGUUUACAUGUGCCUCCUGUUGUACUUACAAAUUGGCAAAGAUUUGAGGAAAAUAGAUAGUUCAUAGCUAUAAGUGAGCUUCAACCGUUGCAGUUUUGGAAGCUCGAAGGCUGUCAAAUUGUUUCCAUGUUUUCAGCAUCAUGGUUUCACGGGACUGGCUUUGACUUUUUGUUAAAAAUGGAAAUUUUGUCAUUUCACUUUGGUCCGUGAGCUAGCUUUCUGGUAGUUCACAAAUUAUGCAAGAACGUGCUGGGAUUUUGGCCCCACAACUGAUGAAAUUGUCCCAUGAUGUUGGUUUAAA